GAAAACAUGAACACCGACUGUAGAACUACAUGUCCCAGUAGCCUUUGCGGUCCACGAGGAAGUGGAUUGUCUCGACCUUGGAGUUUGACGUGCAGCAGCAUGGCGAGCAAGGAGCCGAACCGCUUCAUCCAGCACUUAAGGGAUGUGGCUAGUCGGAUGUCUGGAUCUGGCGGCCGAGGGGCAGGAUUAGGAAUGAAGCUGCUCAUUGGGGCUGGAGCUUUGGCAUAUGGCAUUAAAGAAGCCACCUACACAGUGGAGGGAGGCCACAGAGCCAUCAUCUUCAGCAGGAUUGGAGGGAUGCAAAUGGACACAGUUCUUGCCGAGGGGCUGCAUUUUAGGAUCCCAUGGUUCCAGUAUCCGAUCAUCUAUGACAUUAGAGCUAAGCCAAGGAAGAUCUCCUCUUUGACUGGCAGUAAAGAUUUGCAGAUGGUGAACAUAGCAGUGCGUGUGUUGUCCAGACCCAUGGCCUCGAACCUCCCGUUCAUGUACCAGCAGCUCGGGAAAGACUACGACGAGAGAGUUCUGCCUUCCAUCGUCAACGAGGUCCUCAAGUCGGUGGUGGCAAAGUUCAACGCCUCUCAGCUCAUCACGCAGAGAGCACAGGUGUCUCUGCUGGUGCGAAGAGAGCUGUUUGAGAGAGCUAAAGACUUCAACAUCAUACUCGAUGACGUGGCCAUCACCGAGCUGAGCUUCAGCAGUCAGUACACAGCUGCCGUUGAGGCCAAGCAAGUCGCCCAGCAAGAGGCCCAAAGAGCCCAGUUCUACGUGGAGAAAGCCAAACAGGAUCAGAGACAGAAGAUCAUCCAAGCUGAGGGAGAGGCUGAGGCUGCCAGAAUGUUGGGCCAAGCAGUGACAAAGAACCCUGGCUACCUCAAACUGAGGCGAAUCCGAGCUGCACAGAAUAUUGCAAAGACGGUGGCAACAUCUCAGAACAAGGUGUAUCUUAACGCUGAUAGUUUGGUCCUGAAUCUACAAGACCAGACAUUCUUUAACAACUUAUCCGUGGCCCAAAAGAAGUGAUGAAGAUUAUAUGAAGAGUAGAGCUUUAUCUGUCAACUUCAUCUGAACAGUCUGUCUCAGUUUCACUUACGUCAGGAAGAAUCAACUCACACGACUCUGGACACGUGUGAAUGUGGAUGUCAAGCUGGAUUUACUUUUGUUUUUGUGUUAUGUUUUUUUUUGCCUUUGCAUAUACUUGAUAAUAGCAUGAAUGAUCCCAUAAUGCCAAUGUAAAUUAAUAUAGUGAAAUGAAUCAGUCGUCAUUUCAACCUCUAUAAUAAACACUUGGCCAUAUAGCCAAAGAUUCGCAGCUAAAAUUUGGAUCUUGUGACUAUAAAUUAAUGCAACAUUAUGUCAAAAUAAGGAAUAAGUGUUCAAUUUGAGCAGCGGAAAGAUCUUUGGUCCAAAAUGUCAAACAAAGCAUGAGAUGUCAGACAGAUUUCAUUGCGUCCUUCAUCAGGCUGCUCAUUUGUUCCCCACUCUGCUAUUCCUGCUCUGCAUUGCCCUUGUGCAAGGUGCAUCAUGGGAGAGUUUGUCAGGGCUCCAACCUUCCAGUCGGGUGGAGGUGGAGUCACAGAUGGUCUGCAGUGUGUGCGGAGUCGUGUGAUGAACAUAUGAAUACAGCCAUUCCACCAAUGUUGACAGAUCGAGUUGAUUCAGACUAAUUUAUCUAUUAAACUCUUAUUUGUAAUUAA